CAACCCAAAUGAAUCAUAGGCUCAUCAUCUGGAGUUUAUCUGCAGUUUCAACUUUGCUCUAGAACAGAUAACACAUUCAGGAACUCAAAUGUUCAGAGAACAGCACCAUACUGACAUUCUCUGGUUUUCUCUCUGGAUUUUAAUCAUUUUCUUCUGUUUGCUUGUAUUUCUGUUGGUGAUUCGAGUGCCUUGAGCAUGGCACUUCUCUCAGACAAGGGUUACUCUGGGACUGAACUCCUAGACCUGCUCCUCGAGCCCCAUAUGGUUCCUCACAUGGACAGCAAUGGUUACCAUGGCAACCCAGCAUGGUCAAUCACAGAUCAAAGCAUUCUGUGUCAUGGUGAAGGUGUUGUUGAUAACUUCUUGGACUCCCUGUUGCAAGCAUCAGAUGGUGUGUCACAGCCCUGCUCUCCUCUGUGGGUCCCCUCACCCUCUGACAGUGGAAUCAGUGAUGACACCCCGUCUGACCACCUGGACAGCCCGCCGCCGUCCACCAACCCGCUUUUCAACUCCAUCUUCCUCCCUCAGCAUCCUCAUCUUCUUCCUCAACAUCUUCAGCAGCAGGACGCACCUGUCGCAAACACAGAGCCUGAUAUCUCCAUUGAUCUGGAAGAUUGGGAGGCCAGUCUGUUCUCCGACGGUCUGACAGACUCUCAGUGCACGUCAGCAGUGCAGAGAACUCAACCAGCCACCAUUUACCAGCUCACCGUAAAAGACCUGCUGCUUUCCAACAACGGAGAAGUGUCUAAACCCUCCACCCAGCAAUCCCAGCAAGAACUGAUUCUUAAUGAAGAUGAGAAGAAACUUUUAGCCAAGGAAGGAGUCAGUCUUCCCAGCCAACUUCCUCUUAACAAGUACGAAGAAAAGAUGUUGAAGAAGAUUCGGAGGAAGAUCCGGAACAAGCAGUCGGCACAGGAGAGCCGCAAGAAAAAGAAGGACUAUGUAGAUGGACUGGAGGGAAGGAUGGCUGCCUGCAGCGCUCAGAAUCAGGAAUUACAGAGGAAAGUCCUCCAGCUGGAGAAGACCAACACGUCUCUGAUGGAGCAGCUACGCUGGCUGCAGUCCCUCGUGAUGAAUGGCUCCAGUAAACCGGCUCAGACGGGAACCUGCAUCCUGGUGCUGGUCCUCUCUUUCUCUCUCAUUCUCAUCCCGAGCUUCCAGCCCAUCUCACACAGGAGGGCCGCUGACCCCGGGGACUUCAGCGCUGGGAAAGUUCAGUCCAGGUCACUGCGCUCAGUGAUGGAGGUCUACAGCAUCCAGCCUGGCUACUCUGUCAACAGAGAUGUGGACGUGUCAUCGUCCCCUCACAGCAAGCUUCAGCUCAGGCCUGAGUACGCCGAUAUGGACCCUCUACAUCACAACCACAGCUACAGAGACCACGAGCAUCACCAUGGUGACCCCAUCACGGGUCACGCUGCCACACUGAGGUGGAUAACACAUCAUGAGAAAGACAAUAAGUGACGUAACAGACUGGCACACAUUAUACCAGCCAUUUGACCAAGGCAUCACAACUGAUUCCGGCCACAGACUGGAAGUUACUAUCUGACUGGCAUGCAAAGCAACCAAGCUCUGUUUGUUUUGCUUUCACCUGGCAUUGAGAUUAAAUAAUAGACCAUUUUAGACUGCAAA